CCCAAGGAUUCAAAUUGUUAUGAGGCGAUAAGCAAUGAGUCAAACAGCUGAAUCAGAACAAAAAGCUGAUACCUCAGAAGUUUUGAAGAAAAAGAAGGCUAGAAAGCGUUCAAAGAUAAAUAAUGGUGAUAUAGGACCAAUUUUGGAUGCUCUAGGGGAUGACAUAACAAUUGCGUCGGAAAUGGAAAAUGUGAAUAAUAGAAGAAAUAGUCAGGCAACCGGAGCAAGAAAGAUUCCAGUUAUAAAUAGUCAUGGUGACGGUGUACACACUUUCCCUGAGAGUAACCUUGCUCCGAAUGUCUAUCUUGAAAAUCGGAGUGGUUUUCGUGCUCAACCUUUAAAAGAUUAUGAGAAGAACAUAAGCACUAAGCAACAGAAAGAAUCAAUUGCAAAACUGAAGUCACUGGAUAAGCAAAGACUGAUAAAUAUGUCAAAUAAUCCAGGAUUGUAUUUUGUUGUUAAAAUCCAUGAAACAUUGCAGAUGUUGUCAUUUACAUUAUUCGGUGUACUAGCUGGAGCAAGUUUAGUACAUACUUUGUUUGUACAAGCAUUAGCCAAUGCAAUACAAACUGAAAGUAGUACAAAUCAAUAUUAUUUACUCUUAAGACUUUAUGGCGCUUAUGCUCGACCGGUUUCAGUAACAUUUUAUGCAUCAUUAGCAGUAGUUGGAGUUUUUGUAUUCGGAAAAUUCGAUUUGGGAAGACCAACGAUAAACUGUGUUCGAAAAUGUGCGAGACUACAGAAUGGUCUUAUGGCUAUUAUAUUCUACAUGCUUUGCUUCAUAAUUAAUAAUUCUAUGAACCGGUUUGAUUAUAUUCUUCAUACAACUAGUUACAAAAGUGAUACUCAAAUAAAGUAUCUACUGACUACAGACAGUGAACUGAAUAAUUCCCUGAAAAUCUGGUUAAUACUUGAUGCUGGCCGUACAGCACUCAUUCUAAUCACAUGGAUAUCAGUCGGUUUGGGCGAUCCACUUUACGAUAGGCUAAUUAAGACGCUAAGCAGCAGUCCAACAGGAGAUGGAAGAAGGGACGCCGAUAUGAAGAAUGAAGGUCAAAUAAGAUCGAAUACAGAAUGA